UUCUCUGGCGCAGGGCCCCCCGGCCGGGGCAGUCCCGCAGCCGAGCGCAGCCAGGCGAGCGCACCGCCGCCCACUAGCUCUGUGCCGAUUGCAGCCCGAAAGUGGCUCGGGCUGGGAGCGGAGGGGACAGCAGGGAUCGCGAGCUCCUGCCCGAGCGAGCGAGCGAGCGAGCGGGUGUACCCCGCCGCCGGAGGACUACCUGAAGGACAUGGAGGAAAGAUCGGCAGAGACUAACUCCAGUGUGGACAGCUCAGCGCAGCCUUCCGUGGCCCAGCUGGCUGGGCGGUUUCGGGAGCAAGCAGCUGUGGCCAGGGAGACACCAGCCAGUAAACCAACAAGAAGGAAACCACCCUGCUCCCUCCCCCUGUUCCCCCCCAAGGUAGAGCUGGGCCAGAAUGGUGAGGAGAAAUCACCAUCCAGCACCAGCCACCCACCUAAAAUCAAGGUGAAGAGCUCCCCUCUGAUUGAGAAGCUCCAGGCCAACUUAGCCUUUGACCCAGCAGCUCUCCUGCCUGGGGCUUCACCCAAAAGUCCUGGACUCAAGGCCGUGGUGUCACCAUUUCACAGUCCCCCUUCCACACCCAGUAGCCCUGGCAUCCGGUCUCAGCCAGGAGAGCCAGAAGAGGUGCCUGUGAGCUUUGACCAGCCCCCGGAGGGUACUCACCUGCCCUCUUACACUAAGGUGCGGACUAGAGGCUCAAUAAAAAGACGUCCGCCCUCCCGGCGAUUCCGACGGUCUCAGUCAGACUGUGGGGACCUUUUAGACUACAGGGCUGUGGAGCCAUCUCAGGAAAAUGGUGCCGGGGUAGAGAACGGGGAUGAUGUGUUCCCUAACAAGAGCAAGGCCCCCGGGUCUCCCCCAUCCAACCAGAAGGCCAUGGGAGACGGGGUGGAGGGAAACCCGUGGUCUGCAGAAAAGCCUCCUCGAAGGAGAGUGUGCAACAGCACGGAGAAGCCAGACGAGCGGGUAGCAACUUCAGGGGAGGCCAGUGCAGGAGAGGAGGCUGGAUGGAAUCCAGACCCAGCUAGCCAGGGCGGCCUGGAGGCCCCGGAGCCACCCCGAACCUGCAGCACAGAGGCUGAGAAUGGGUGUGGAAGCCCACCGGAGGGGACAGCCGUUGGAGAGCAUACAGACACUGGAAAGGCCACAGAAGGGACAGCCUCUGAGGAGGGUGUGGCAGAUGAAGAGGGAGAAGUCAGGGAGAAGGCCCCCCAAAGUUCUUCUGGAAGAGUAGAGGGCACCAUUGUCCCAGAGGCAGAGACAAAACAAAAGGAGGGGGCACCUGUGGAACCAGGCUGCAGCCCCGGGGUCGACAGUGCUUCAGGAGAGACCAGCAAUGAAGUCCAGAAUGAUCAAGAAGUCUACAUGGAUGACAUCCCCAUCGAGGAUACACGGAUGUGAUGAAGUGCUCCUGGUACCAGCGAUGAAGCCACUGGAGACAUCUCCUUGGAAAUGGCAGCAUCAGUAGUGGCAGUUGAUCAUGAAGCCACUGCAGAAGCAGGAUGCACUGAGCAUGUACAGUCAGCCCAGGAUGCACGGUGGGCCAUCCCCUGUCGCCCACAGCAAACUUCUCACUGGAGAUCAGAGUUGGGCAGUCGAGUUCUAUCAACUUAAGUUUGUGUCAUAUGUUGGACUUGGCUCAAAGAAAAACAGAUUUAAAACAGUCAGCUAUGGUGGCAACUCCUCGGCAUACUGGUCAUCCUGCCCCCAUCUCUUCCUGCAGCUGACCUCCUGACUAGGUUCUGCUUGAACUUCUGCAAAGUUACAGCCUUUUUAUUGUUCUAAACUUUUUAUGGUUGUCAUAUGUAACUUAAAACUAAUUUUAGGUAGAUAAAGAAGAUAGUCUUGUGGAAAAUAAAAUCCUCCAAGUAACAGACGACCUGAAAGUAUAUCAAAGCCCUCAAGACGAUCUUUCCACUUACUCCAGUGGAGAAACAGCCAAUCAAUUUCAAAAGCAUUGGACUCAAAGAGAUAUUUAUUAAAACAUGUAAAACUGUGUUCCUGUCUGUUCCAAGGGCGGGAGCAUUUCCUGUUACAUAAUCUGGCUGAUGACAACAAGGGGAGGUGACUGGUCCAUCUCAUCCCAUCCUACCGCCUCCAAGGAGGAGAUGGAGCAGGAAGUUCUGUGGAGAGGCAGGAUGUUCAACUGUGCUGGCUUUGUGCUCCACUUCUCUCCUGAAGGUAUAACAGCAUGCCUACGUGAUGCUGCAUGCAUGGACUGCAGUCUCCUACUUGAACAUGGACUGGCCUCUGGGAGGUGCCUUUAGUACCCAGGGUUCAGUUUACCUUCUGAGAUCCCUCUUAGCUUCUCUAGGAAGCUUUUAUGUGUUUGCUUUUGUUUUUGUUUUUAAAUCUCACCAUGUAGCCUUCAACUCACUAUGUAGCCCAGGCUGGUCUUGAAUUGCCUCUGCCUCUGAAUUUUGGGUAUGUAUCACCAUGCCUGGCUCUCAGAAAGCAUUUCUCGAGUUCAAGCCCAAGUUCUUCUCCUGGACUCAUGAGGCGUGAACUGGGCUCUUCAGCCUGUUUCCAUCAGGAACUUUUGCUUAGUGUUCUGUCUGGAGGUGAAGGCGGUUUGAAGGGAUAGGGCCAGCCUAUCCAUCCCUCUGCUCAAUCCACUUCAUGCACUCCUGCUGAAGAAAUGUUAACCUAAAUAAAUAAUGAAUCUGCA